UUGUUACUAAUUAUUCCUUUCAGAGAUAAAAUUCUGGAUAAAUAUCAAAUUGCAAUUAAAUAUGUUGUCAUUGCUUUUAAGUCAAUUAUAAUUUCGUUUAAUUUCUAGAUACUUUGCGCUUCAUCCUUUCUGUUUAUAUCAUACUACAUGACCGGACAGCUAAUGGAGUAUGAUAGAAUUCUACAGGCGUGGGGCAUUUGCUUAUUAAUUACGCUUUUUGCACAAUCGGUUGGAAUACUUAUAGGCACAGCUGUUGACAUUGAAUUUGGUAUAUAUCUAGUUCCGGCAAUCAGUAUGCCAUUACUGCUAUUCGCUGGAUUUUUAGUAAAAAUAGAAGAAAUACCAACGUAUCUGCAGCCUAUAUGCUAUUUAUGCUUUUUCAGAUAUGGAUUUGAAGGAUUAAUGCAGGCAAUCUAUUUUGACCGUCCAAAUCUGUCAUGUUCGGAAAUCUAUUGUCACUGGCGUUCACCAAAUAAGAUUCUCGCUGAGAUGGAUAUGCCAUCAGUGCCAUUUCACGUAAUUCUGAUAAUACUGUGCUCUUGGAUACUCAGUUUACAUGUGAUUACGUAUGCAUUACUUCAUUGGAAAAUCCAUUAUGCAAGAAAAUAAUGUGAUAAGUUAAUAUUUAUCUCAAACGAGAAAAUAUUUUCAAAAGACAUCUCAAAAAA